UUCCCCGCCGCAGAAGCAAAUCUCCCGUCUCCAUUUCAAACGCCCGCCCAACCUCUCCGCCUCCGAUUCCCCAGCUCCCCACCGGACCCACCCCAAUCCCCUCGGCGAUGGCCCGCACGAAGCAGACGGCGCGCAAGUCCACCGGCGGCAAGGCGCCGCGGAAGCAGCUGGCGACGAAGGCGGCGCGCAAGUCGGCCCCGGCGACGGGCGGCGUGAAGAAGCCCCACCGCUUCCGCCCGGGCACCGUCGCGCUCCGUGAGAUCCGCAAGUACCAGAAGAGCACGGAGCUGCUGAUCCGGAAGCUCCCCUUCCAGCGCCUCGUCCGGGAGAUCGCGCAGGACUUUAAGACGGACCUCCGGUUCCAGUCCUCGGCCGUCGCCGCCCUGCAGGAGGCCGCGGAGGCCUACCUUGUCGGGCUCUUCGAGGACACCAACCUAUGCGCCAUCCACGCCAAGCGCGUCACCAUCAUGCCCAAGGACAUCCAGCUCGCCCGCCGCAUCCGCGGGGAGCGCGCCUAGGCGUUUCGCUUCCCGCGCUUGGUUGCUGCUACUAGGUGUUUAGGCUGCUGUCGUCGUUCUUCUAGGCGUUGCGUUGUUAUUGGGUUCCUGCAAUGUGCUGGUGCUAUCGAUGAAUUAUGAAUUUAUGACUAGCAGUUGUCAAGUCGAGAGAAAUGCAGUGGAAGUUUGUGAUGCUCUGCUGAAUUGCUAGUACAGAUUUCUUUGUUAGGCUCUCUGAAUCUGUUCUUGAAAUGACCCAUGUGAUGGAUUGUGACUUA